GGGUCAGGAGCCUCCGAGGCCUCGGGGAGUGGCGGUGAUUCGGGGCCGGCCCGCCAGAGCAGGUGGGAAGGUCUGCAGAGCCAGGAGCCAACAAAAAUCAUCUCAGCACCUCAAUGAGGCUUUAAAUCUGAUCAGUUGCUGUCUGUCUGGAACUUCCCCAGGGAGCACCCCCAAUAGAAAUGGCAGAAAAGGUGAACAACUUCCCACCGCUCCCCAAGUUCAUCCCUCUGAAACCAUGUUUCUACCAGAACUUUGCUGAUGAAAUUCCCAUCGAUUAUCAGUCCCUGGUGAAGAGAAUCUACCACGUAUGGAUCUUUUACUGCAUGACACUGGUAGUGAACAUCAUUGCCUGCCUGGCGUGGUGGAUUGGAGGAGGCUCUGGGGUCAAUUUUGGUUUGGCAAUCCUUUGGCUCAUCCUCUUCAGUCCCUGUGGCUACGUGUGCUGGUUCCGACCCGUCUACAAAGCCUUUCGGUCUGACAGCUCCUUUAAUUUCAUGGCGUUUUUCUUCAUCUUUGGAGUGCAGUUUGUCCUGGCCAUCCUGCAGGCAGUUGGUUUCUCUGGAUGGGGAGCUUGUGGAUGGUUGGCAGCCAUUACUUUCUUCAGCAGCAACAUUGCAGCUGCAGUGUUCAUGCUGUUCCCUGCCAUCAUGUUCACCAUGUCAGCAGUGGCAAUGUUCAUCUGCAUUUUGAGGGUUCAUAAAAUCUACCGAGGGGGUGGUGGAAGCUUCCAGAAAGCUCAGGAUGAGUGGCACAGUGGUACAUGGAGGAACCCCCCCAGCAGGGAAGCCCAGUACAGCAAUUUUUCUGGGAACAGCCUGCCAGAGUAUCCCACAGUGCCCAACUAUCCCCCAGGAAACCAAUGGCCUUAAGCAGCAGCAGCUGCAAACUGCCUGGAUUCUCUUCCUUUUGGUGUUUUUAUUAUUGUUAUAUGAAAAGAUCAUUUGCAUUCCCCCCCACCCCCAGGCACCCUGCUCAUCUUGGGGACUUUUUUUUUGGCUUUUGUCUCCUCAUCUCUACAGAAGAUCAGUGCUGCCAGCCCUUCCCUUCCCACCUCUGGAGCUCUGCAAGGCCUUGUCAGAAAGUUGGUUUUUUGGGGUUUUUUUUGUUCCUCUUGUACCAGUAUUUCCCUUGCUGCAGCCUGAGGAACCAACCCUUCACUGCCUUUGCUUCUCAUGUCCAUAGAAGAUGACUUUCCCAAGGUGACAGCCACCACCACCACCACUGCUCCUCCUCCCUGCUUGGUCUCCAGCACUGCCCCAGCAGCCAGAGCCUUGGUAGCAGCUGAGAUUGAUCCUCCUGGAGGAAUAAUCUUGGAAUUUUUCACUCUAAGGGAAAUGCAACACCUCAGUUAUUUGGUACUAGUGAUAGCAGCAGUGUUUCUAACAUCUACACCCUGCUUUGCUCCUGCUCUCUGGUGAGAACACUUUAGGCCCCAGAGCUUGCUGGGGGUGAGUGCUGUUCAGAUGUGAAGUCCCCAGGAGCCCUCCUGUGCCUGGUAGGAUUCUUGUUCCUCAACUCUUUGCUUUCCCUGCUGCCAAAAGUUGUUUUUUUUGGCUUUUUUUUUUUUUUUUUUUUUUUUGCCAGUUCUGUGUGCUUGAAAGGUGCAGAUUCAUCUCAUCUGGUUAUCAGUGCCUGGUUCAGAGCCCAUGGGAACUGCUGAGAAGCUUUGCUGGUGACAUUCAGCCCUUACAGCACAAAGUCCCUGCACAGCUCCCACUGAUGUGGCCUCCCAAGGAAUCCCCAGUGGGACAAACCUUGUCCUGGGGGGACACCUCGGGGCAGGGCUCCCAGCCAGCAGCUGGAAAUAGCUGAGGAUUGAUCUGCAUGCAGGGGGCUGUGGGGGGGAUUCUGGCACAGGGGGGACUUUAAUUCUGCUGCUGCCCAUGCAG